AUGAAAGUAUACAGAGCAGCUUUCUUCGUGGCUGUUUUCGCCUUUUUGUAUCCCCAGUUUACAAAAGCGAAUGUUUCAAAGUGUUACUACUGCAUACACACAUGCAGCGACCCUCUAGAAGUUCAAAUCUGUCCAACUGCUUAUGACGACUGGAGAUGUAUUUCAGCUAAGCUCGAAGCUAAUGGAGAAAAGGACGAAGUCAAAGGAUGUAUUCUCAGUAGCGACAGUGCAACGAAGGCAAAUUGCGACACCAUCAAUAAUGGAGAUGGUGGAAAAUGCUUCAUUUGUGACUCGGAUCUUUGUAACGCAUUAUGA